UUCGUUCGGAAAAACCUAUCGUUGUUGUAGCGAAGGGAGAGCGCGCUCUCCCAAUCUGAAUGCGUUUGAGGAGCAAGCAGAAGGUUGAAGGAUUAGGAUCCGAUCUCUGAUGUCAGAGGCGGCAAAGAAGACGACGAGCGACCAGGAGAGGAGAGGGAAGAACGGCAAGGACCUCCUCCUUGGCCGCUUCGAGGUCGGGAAGCUCCUUGGCGCCGGAAGCUUCGCCAAGGUCUACGUCGCCCGCAACGUGCUCACCGAUAAGCUCGUCGCCAUCAAGGUCCUCGACAAGGAUAAGAUCGUCAAGGGCGGAUACAUGGGGCACAUCAAGCGUGAGAUCGCCGUCCUCCGCCGAGUUCGCCACCCCUACAUCGUGCAACUCUUUGAGGUAAUGGCCACCAAGACCAAGAUCUACCUCGUGAUGGAGUACGUCCGCGGCGGCGAGCUCUUCUCUCGAGUCAACAAAGGCCGCCUCCCCGAGGACAACGGCCGCCCCUACUUCCAGCAACUGAUCUCCGCCGUCGCUUUCUGCCACGCUCGCGGGGUCUUCCACCGCGACCUCAAGCCCGAGAACCUCCUCGUCGACGAGCGCGGCGACCUGAAGGUCUCCGACUUCGGGCUCUCCGCCGUGGCCGAGCAGAAGCGAGCCGACGGUCUCUUCCACACCUUCUGCGGCACCCCGGCCUACCUCGCGCCCGAGGUGCUCUCCCGGAGGGGCUACGACGGUGCAAAGGUAGACGUCUGGUCCUGCGGCAUCAUCCUCUUUGUACUCAUGGCGGGUUACCUCCCGUUCACCGACCGCAGCCUCCUGACCAUGUACCGGAAGAUCUACAUGGGCGUGUUUCGGUGCCCCCGGUGGUUCUCCGAUGACCUCGUCCACUUCCUCCACCGCCUCCUCGACGUCAAUCCCCAGACCCGAAUCACCAUCCCCGAGAUCAUGGCGAAUCCCUGGUUCACGAAAGGGUUCCGGCGCGUCGAAUUCUACAUCGAAGACAACCAACUGCACAGCCUGGGUGAUCCAGAAGAUGAACAGACGCAGAGCAACGAUGAACCCUACGAAUCGGGGUCUGAAUCGGACUGCUCCGUUGCCUCCUGUCCAGCGUCGUUCUCCUACGAGCAGCGUGAGCCGCGAGGGCCGCAGAGCCUUACAGCGUUCGACAUCAUAUCCUUCUCCAAGAGCUUCAACCUGUCGGGGCUGUUCGAGGAAACAGGGGAGACUAGGUUUCUGUCCAAGGAGCCGGUGUCGGAGAUCGUGGCGAAACUGGAGGAUAUUGCGAAGGCCAUGAGUUUCAAGGUGAGAAGGAAGGCCUGUCGGAUCAGCUUGGAAGGAACGAGGGAGGGAGAGAAGGGCCCGCUGACCAUCGGCGUGGAGAUAUACGAGCUAACGCCGUCAAUUGUGGUGGUGGAGGUGAAGAAGAGGGCCGGGGACGGACAGGAGUACGAAGAAUUCUGCAGCAAGGAGCUGAAGCCCGGGAUGCAACACCUCAUCUGCGAGUCGCCUCCCGUCGCCAAAACCACUUCGAGCUCAUAGUAAGGCGAGAAGAAACAUAACCGAUUAGGACAUAUCUUAUUAGAUACAGUAUUUGUGCAGCAGUUGCUUGCAUCGUUUUCUUUCAUAUUUGAUGAUUUGGAUGUAUUCAUUGAAAGA